CUAUCCUCUCUGGUCUGUCCCCUCUGCCUGCCUGCUCGCCUUGCCAACCGAGCCAUUCGGUCUGACCUUCCCAGACUCAAUUCAUCCAAAAGAAGAAAAGAUCUACUCCAGAUUUCAGAAUGUCUUCAGCAUAUAGGACCACCUCUUACAGUGUGAAGAGUUCCAACGCCCCACGGAGCUUCAGCAGCAGCUCCUAUGCUGGACCAGGCGGUGUCACCUCCCGCAAGAGCUACAGUGUCAGGAGUUCCUUUGGAGGAAGCAACAGGGGCUAUGGAGGAGCUGGCAUCACCAGCUCCUCUUCCUAUGGCCUAAGCUCAAGCGCAGGCAUGGGCUUUGGUGGUGGCUUUGGUGGUGGCUUUGGUGGUGGCUUCGGUGGUGGCAUGGUUGCUCAGGCCCCCAUCACCGCCGUCACAGUGAACAAGAGCCUUCUGGCCCCCCUGAACCUCGAGAUCGACCCCACCAUCCAAGCCGUCCGCACCCAGGAGAAGGAGCAGAUCAAGAGCCUCAACAACCGCUUUGCUUCCUUCAUUGACAAGGUGCGCUUCCUGGAGCAGCAGAACAAAAUGCUGGAGACCAAGUGGAGCCUGCUGCAGGACCAGACCACCACCCGCUCCAACAUCGACGCCAUGUUCGAGGCCUACAUCGGCAACCUGCGCAGACAGCUGGACAGCCUGGGCAACGACAAGAUGAAGCUGGAGGCUGACCUGCACAACAUGCAGGGCCUGGUGGAGGACUUCAAGAACAAGUAUGAAGAUGAGAUCAACAAGCGCACAGAAUGUGAAAAUGACUUCGUCCUCAUCAAGAAGGAUGUGGAUGAGGCCUACAUGAAUAAGGUCGAGCUGGAGGCCAAGCUCGAGAGUCUGACAGAUGAGAUCAACUUCCUGAGGUCGAUCUACGAGGAGGAACUGCGUGAGCUGCAGAGCCAGAUCAAGGACACUUCAGUCAUUGUGGAGAUGGACAACAGCCGCAACCUGGACAUGGACGCUAUUGUGGCUGAAGUGAAGGCUCAGUAUGAGGACAUCGCCAACCGCACCCGUGCCGAAGCAGAGACAUGGUACAAGACCAAGUAUGAGGAGAUGCAGACAUCCGCCAACAGAUAUGGGGAUGACCUGAGAGCCACCAGGACAGAGAUCGCAGACCUCAACCGCAUGAUCCAGAGACUGACAUCAGAGAUCGAUGCUGUCAAGGGACAGCGUGCCAACCUGGAGGCCCAGAUCGCAGAGGCCGAGGAGCGCGGUGAGCUGGCUGUGAAGGACGCCAAGCUCCGCAUCAAGGACCUGGAAGACGCCCUGCAGAGAGCCAAACAGGACAUGGCCCGCCAGAUCAGAGAAUACCAGGACCUGAUGAACGUCAAGCUGGCUCUGGACAUUGAGAUCGCCACAUACAGGAAACUGCUGGAGGGAGAGGAAGACAGGCUGGUGAAUGGCAUCAAGGCUAUCAACAUCUCCCAACAGAGCACAAGCUACAGCGGUUUCCCCAUGGACACCAUGAAGAGUAGCUACUCCAGCGGGUACUCCAGCGGUUUUAGCGGUGGAUACGGCAGCGGCAGUGGGUACAGCAGCGGCAGUGCAUACGGCAGCGGCAGUGGAUACGGCAGCGGCAUUGGCGGCUUCAGCGGCGGCAGUGCUGGCGGAUACAGCACCACCCAGAGCAAGAAGAACGUCGUUAUCAAAAUGAUCGAGACCAAGGACGGUAGAGUGGUGUCCGAGUCCUCUGAGGUCAUUGAGGAUUGAGCUGUCUAGUUUAGAGGUGUAGCUACCUGUCUGCUAUGAUCUCCUCUGCCUCUCUGGUAGUUUUAUACUCACAGUUCACCCCCUCGCCCAAAACUUUCAUAAUAAACAAGUGUGAAGUAAAAUGCUUGCCAGCCACUCUCCAAUACAGCCUAAACAUGUUUUUCAUGAAACAGUAAAUGAACACUACCAAAGACCUGAAAGGGACCAAAGAAUUUAUGAUCUGAUGUCUAACUGUCUGUACUAAAAGAAAAGUUUUGUCUUAGAAAAUGAGAUAAAAAAAAAAAAAAAAACUGGGCAAAUUGCAAAUAUGAAAAAAACACUUCCUUGAAAUCUAUGCAACAGCUAUUCAGCUAUUCUGUACACGAAGGGCUGUCACCUUCAAAACUGUGUUGCAUCCAAUGGACUGUGGCGUCAAAGGAAUGUGAAUGUACUGAAACAGUGCUCCAGUGUUGUUGGUCAACUAAUGUCUUCAAAUUGCCUGCUGCAGUAGGUAGUGCAUGUCUUCCCUAUGCGUGUCCUGUAACUGAAACUGUUCGACCCCUUAGGAGGCUGCCCACAUCAUACUGUUGUCCUGAGGUGCUGUUUUUGCUACCAAACAAAAUAAAAAUGUGUUUACUGAAAAGAA